UGCCCCCUGUUCGUCAUAUGUUUAUAGCUCUUGCAUAAAGCCACCAUUAUACAAAAGCCACGCACAAAACACACGCACCCUUCCUCGCAUCGCGAAGCCCCUGUUUCUGCAGUUCAACCCUGGCACAAGAUUCGGCUUGCUGCUUUGUUCAUUUUCCCAGAACCCACGGCCUCCUUCCCCGCCACCGGGCAACGCGCGGAACCUUUCGCCUUCUCUUUCUCUGUGACGCGAGAAGGACUUGUUGAAGCGGAAGGUCACGUGGGCCGCCUGGGCUUUGGCUCCUCCUCCCGCCGCUGUUGCGCCGCUACCUGUAAAGCGCGUCGCUCUCUCGCUCGCCUCCGUCUGUUUGAGGCAGCCUCGGAGAAACGCGCAGGGCCGUUUGGGAGGAGGCGAGGGGGAGCGUGGGCAGAGACCCGAGAGGAGGCAGCAGCUUGAGAGGAAGGAGCUGGACUUGCCUGAGGGAGACGCCGAGCUAGCGCAACUGACGAGGGGUCAAAUCGUGAGGCGGCCAAGGGACGCAGCGCCGGAUCUUGGUCGGGACCUGCUGGCGCUUCUCCCUGCCCGCCCCCCCUCUCCCAUUCGUGGCGGGCGUCGUGAGGUGCCUGCGCGAGCGGUGGUGGCCGGCUUCAUUUUGGGGUGGGGUGGGGCGGAGGGGCAGCCUCUCUGAUUUGGCGCCGCCGCCUUGAUUUCCCGCCGGAAUCUUGGGAGGAAAGGCGCGUGGCGGCGGCGAGGGCGCCAGAGCGAGAGGUGCCGAGGCUCGGGCGGCCGCCUGCCUAAGGCGGCCGCCGAAGGCUGGGGAUGGGCUUAGCCGAGGGCGCUGGCGGUGGCAGCAGCGGGAGCUCCUCGGAGCCCCGGCCUGCUCGCUGUUAGCCAUGGCAAAUGACGGAGGCGGCAGCAGUAGGUACUACUCGGGAGGAGGCGGCGCCGCCAGCGAGAUGAUCAGCGCCAGCAGCAACCUGAACGCGGUCUCCUCGGCGAUCGACACGGUCGUCAUCCCCAUGACCAUGGAGGUCCCCUGCGACCGCGGCCAGCGCAUGUGGUGGGCCUUCCUGGCCUCGUCCAUGGUCACCUUUUUCGGGGGACUCUUUCUUAUCCUGCUCUGGAGGACCCUCAAGUACCUGUGGACCGUCUGCUGCCACUGUGGGGGCAAGGAGAAGGUACAACAGAUAAACCAUCAUCACCACCCCCUGCAGUCACCAAUGUGAGGCAGAUGAAUGAGAAACCGGAGACCCUUUUGUUUCAGCCAUGCCAGGAG